UGGUUCGGUCCGGCUUGGGAGGAGCAGGCGCGGCGGGCGCGACCACUUCGGGAUUAGGGGCGCCGCUGCCGGAGCGCCAGUGUCGCGGCGAGGAGCCGAGCGAGCGGAGUGUGAGCGACGCCUGGCCGAGAGCCCGCCAUGUCCACGCCCGCCCGGAGGCGCCUCAUGCGGGACUUCAAGCGGCUGCAGGAAGACCCUCCAGCUGGAGUUAGCGGCGCCCCUUCGGAGAAUAACAUCAUGGUCUGGAAUGCCGUCAUUUUCGGGCCGGAGGGAACCCCAUUCGAAGAUGGAACGUUCAAGCUUACCAUAGAAUUCACAGAAGAAUAUCCAAACAAGCCGCCUACUGUUAGAUUUGUGUCUAAAAUGUUUCAUCCGAAUGUCUAUGCAGAUGGUAGUAUAUGUCUGGAUAUCCUUCAGAAUCGUUGGAGUCCUACCUAUGAUGUGUCUUCCAUCCUAACAUCGAUACAGUCUUUAUUGGACGAGCCCAACCCAAACAGCCCAGCCAACAGCCAGGCCGCCCAGCUAUACCAAGAGAACAAGCGGGAGUACGAGAAACGGGUGUCCGCGAUAGUCGAACAGAGUUGGCGCGACUGUUGACCCUGGAUGAUGCAAAAUGAACACUCUGAGGGGGAAAAAAAAUACAUGUAUGAAGUGUCUGACUCAUCCUCCUCUUCCUCCUCGCAUCACUGCAUUCCUCCCUAUUUUGAGAGCAAAAAUAGCUGUUGUGCUGUCGUCGCCGCCCGCCGCCGCCCUUUGCUGACGCUUCUCUCUCUGUCUCUGCGUCUGUCUGUCCUCGGACACCGUGGAGAGCGCACCCCCUCCUCCCCGCCCCCUCUUCCAGGUCAAAAUGUACUGUACGCGGGUUACUUGUAACAGAGUUGCUGAGGCUGUCGUGGUCUUCCCACCUCCGGCCUUCUUCAGGGCAGCGUCGUGCAUUCCUGUCGUGCGCACUUAAGCUUUUAAUCGUAAUUGUGUUCUACACAGUGAUGCUGCUUACGUGUAGCUUGGUUUCAAAACAACAAAGAGAGAGAUGUUCACACACACAAUAUACGUUUUUAACGAUGACUUGAAUGCGGAUCUGUCCAGGCUGGUCAUUUAACUGCUGGUAUUAAUUUCUCACGGCAUCUGUAAAUACCGCGCAAAAGAUUCCCGCCCGUUCUCAUCCUUCCUCCGUUUCUAUUCAUCCGUGUGGCGAAACAUAUUCUCAAUGGAGGAAAUGAGGGUGUGAGGAGGGGAAAAGGAGGGCCUCGUGCGGAGCCUUUCUGAGUGUAACACAACCACACACUCAAGGCGAAACGCUCUGUAUCCUUUCUGUAGGACCGUUUUUGGCUAUCAGGAUGGCUUAGUGGAGCGGAUACAUUAAGAGAAGGGAUUGGGAUUGUUGCUUGGCUUGAUAGUAAACCAUAGGGGAGCGGGAUCGCUUUGCAAACAUCUUUUUUGAUUUUAGGAUUUUUAAUGCCUACCUGUUACAGAAGAUGAUGAUCACCAGAUGCCACUGCUUUUAUGUUCUGUUGGGAGAAGUGAAGAAAGAUCUCUUGCAUGCCUCCUUUUCCCUUCCCUCGGUUUGACAAAACCAAUCCCACCUUUGCAGAAACAUUUUUUUGUGUGUGCGUGUGCGUAAAGCUCAGUUUGUACAUUUCGGAUACCUUGAAGCAGCAGUUUGGGAGGAGGCUGGCCGAUCCGUGCGUUUUGUCUGCUCUUCCAGUGUCUUCUGUGUAUACAUUGAUCUGUUGAGUACAACUUUGCACAAGUAACCCCUGUAAGAAACUGUACAUUUUUCAAUUACUUGUAAAUAAAUGUGUAACCUUAA